AUGGCCGACCGCGGGUGCCCGCUCGAGACUGCGCCGCUGCCCGUCGAGGUGCGCGAGAGCCUGGCGGAGCUGGAGCUGGAGCUGUCGGAAGGUGACAUCACUCAAAAAGGGUAUGAGAAGAAAAGGGCCAAGCUCCUGGCUCGCUACAUUCCACUCAUCCAAGGGGUAGACCCAUGUCUGCAAUCAGAGAACAGAGUCCCUGGGCCUUCACUGACCACUGCUGCACUCCAGCCACAGAGGUCUCGGCCCACCACCUCCAGGGAUGAACGUUUCCGCUCAGAUGUCCACACGGAGGCCGUGCAAGCAGCCCUGGCCAAGUACAAAGAGAGGAGGAUGCCGAUGCCCUCGAAGAGACGUUCUGUCCUGGCGCACUCCUCCGUGGAUGCCUACACCCCCCCAGACACAUCGUCCGCUUCAGAAGACGAGGGCUCUGUGCAGCGGCCCGGGCAGCUCAGCUCCACUGUGCUCCAGAGCCACCCCGGUGCAGAGCCCUGGCUCGACCGGGUCAUUCAGGGCUCCUCCACCUCAUCUUCCGCAUCCUCCACCUCAUCUCACCCGGGAGGCAGACCCGCCGCCGCGCUCUCAGACCUUGCAGCCCACGCCCACAUAGAUCUGCACUCUGCCCCUCCUGACGUCACCACAGGCCUCGUGGACCGUCCGCACUAUGAACGUCCCCAGGUGGCUUCUGUGAGAGCUGCUCCUCGGGGGUACGGCGGGAGCAUCCUGGAAACAGCAGAUGGUGUCCCUGUGCACAGCAGAGUGUCCUCCAAGAUCCAGCAGCUUCUGAACACCCUGAAGAGGCCCAAGCGCCCUCCCCUGAAGGAGUUCUUCGUGGACGAUUUUGAGGAGCUUUUGGAAGUUCAGCAGCCAGAUCCCAAUCAGCCGAAGCCUGAGGGAGAGGAGGUGGAGGUGCUGAGAGGGGAGCCCCCGGCCACAGGGGUGCCCUGGCCACCGUCUCUGCUAGCUGCCCUUCAGCGAUGGGGCACAGUGCAGCCCAAGGCCCCCUGCCUGACUGCCCUGGACACAGCAGGGAAGGCCAUCCACACCCUCACCUACGGCAAACUUUGGAGUCGGAGUUUAAAAUUAGCUUAUACUCUACUUAAUAAACUGACUAGUAAGAAUGAACCACUACUUAAACCUGGAGACAGAGUGGCGCUCGUGUUUCCCAACAGUGACCCCGUGAUGUUCAUGGUCGCGUUUUAUGGGUGUCUCCUGGCAGAGCUGGUUCCGGUCCCCAUAGAAGUGCCAUUGACAAGAAAGGAUGCAGGCAGCCAGCAGGUUGGGUUUCUGCUGGGCAGCUGUGGUGUCACCCUGGCCCUGACUACAGAUGCGUGUCAGAAGGGCCUGCCCAAGUCACAGACGGGAGAGGUGGUGACUUUCAAAGGCUGGCCCCCCCUCGCCUGGCUGGUGAUUGAUGGGAAGCAUUUGGCCAAACCCCCCAAGGACUGGCUCCCUCUGGCUCAGGACACCGGGGCUGGGACUGCCUACAUCGAGUAUAAGACCAGCAAAGAAGGCAGCACCGUGGGGGUCACGGUGUCCCACACGUCCCUGCUGGCACAGUGCCGGGCUCUGACCCAGGCCUGCGGGUACUCAGAAGCUGAAACGCUAACAAACGUGCUGGACUUCAAGAGGGAUGCUGGUCUGUGGCACGGCGUGUUGACGAGCGUCAUGAACAGGAUGCAUGUGGUCAGCAUCCCGUACGCGCUCAUGAAAGCCAACCCACUCUCCUGGAUCCAGAAAGUGUGCUCCUACAAAGCCCGGGCUGCGCUGGUGAAGUCCCGCGACAUGCACUGGUCUCUGCUGGCUCAGCGAGGGCAGAGGGAUGUCAGCCUCAGCUCACUGCGGAUGCUGAUUGUGGCCGAUGGUGCCAACCCAUGGUCCAUAUCCUCCUGCGAUGCCUUCCUCAACGUCUUCCAGUCCCGAGGCUUGAGGCCAGAGGCCAUCUGCCCCUGUGCCGGUUCUCCUGAGGCCCUGACGGUCGCCAUCCGCAGGCCGCCUGACCUGGGGGGACCUCCUCCAAGGAAAGCUGUGCUGUCCAUGCAUGGCCUGAGCUACGGCGUGGUCAGAGUUGACACUGAGGAGAAGCUGUCUGUCCUCACUGUCCAGGACGUGGGCCAGGUGAUGCCUGGAGCUAGUGUGUGUGUUGUGAAGGUUGAAGGUACCCCGUAUCUUUGCAAGACUGAUGAAGUUGGAGAGAUCUGUGUUAGUUCCAGUGCAACUGGAACAGCAUACUACGGAUUACCUGGAAUCACAAAAAGUGUGUUUGAGACUGUCCCUGUCACGGUAGGAGGAGCCCCUGUCUCUGAGAGGCCUUUCACCAGGACAGGCCUGCUGGGCUUCAUUGGGCCUGACAACCUGGUUUUCGUCGUGGGCAAGCUCGACGGGCUGAUGGUCGUGGGAGUCCGCCGACACAAUGCAGACGACGUCGUGGCCACCGCUCUGGCCGUGGAGCCCAUGAAGUUUGUCUACAGAGGCAGGAUUGCUGUGUUCUCUGUGACUGUGCUGCAUGAUGACCGGAUUGUCCUGGUGGCUGAGCAGCGGCCCGACGCCUCUGAGGAGGACAGCUUCCAGUGGAUGAGCCGCGUGCUGCAGGCCAUCGACAGCAUCCACCAGGUGGGCGUGUACUGUCUGGCGCUGGUCCCUGCUAACACCCUGCCCAAGGCUCCCCUCGGGGGGAUCCACAUCUCUGAAACCAGACAGCGCUUCUUGGGAGGAACCCUGCACCCCUGCAACGUGCUGAUGUGCCCUCACACCUGCGUGACCAACCUUCCCAGACCUCGUCAGAAGCAGCCAGAGGUUGGACCUGCAUCCAUGAUUGUGGGGAACCUGGUGGCUGGCAAGAGAAUCGCACAGGCCUCAGGGAGGGAGCUGGCCCACCUGGAGGACAGCGACCAGGCGCGCAAGUUCCUGUUCCUGGCUGACGUGCUGCAGUGGCGAGCGCACACCACUCCUGACCACCCGCUGUUUGUGCUGCUGAACGCCAAGGGCACGGUCACCAGUACUGCCACCUGUGUCCAGUUGCACAAGAGGGCCGAGAGGGUGGCUGCUGCUCUGCUGGAGAAGGGCAGGCUGGACGCUGGGGACCACGUGGCUUUGGUCUACCCCCCAGGGGUGGACCUCAUCGCCGCCUUCUAUGGCUGCCUGUACUGUGGCUGUGUGCCUGUUACUGUGCGGCCCCCACACCCCCAGAACCUCGGCACCACGCUGCCCACCGUCAAAAUGAUCGUGGAGGUCAGCAAGUCUGCGUGCGUGCUCACCACACAGGCCAUCACACGGCUGCUCAAGUCCAAGGAGGCAGCUGCUGCUGUGGACAUCAAGACCUGGCCAACCAUCCUGGACACUGAUGACAUACCAAAAAAGAAGGUGGCUACUGUGUUCAGACCACCCUCCCCGGAUGUGCUGGCCUACUUGGACUUCAGCGUGUCCACCACAGGGAUAUUAGCAGGAGUAAAGAUGUCGCACGCAGCCACAAGUGCCCUGUGCCGCUCCAUAAAACUGCAGUGUGAGCUCUACCCCUCGCGGCAGAUCGCCAUCUGCCUGGACCCCUACUGUGGCCUGGGCUUUGCCCUGUGGUGCCUGUGCAGUGUCUACUCCGGACACCAGUCAGUGCUCGUGCCUCCGCUGGAGCUGGAGAGCAACGUGUCCCUGUGGCUGUCAGCCGUCAGCCAGUACAAGGCCCGUGUCACCUUCUGCUCCUACUCCGUGAUGGAAAUGUGCACCAAGGGCCUGGGCGCACAGACAGGCGCACUCAGGAUGAAAGGGGUGAACCUGUCAUGUGUGCGCACGUGCAUGGUGGUGGCCGAGGAGCGGCCGCGGAUUGCCUUGACACAGUCCUUCUCCAAGCUGUUCAAGGACCUGGGCCUCCCUGCGCGUGCUGUGAGCACCACCUUUGGGUGCAGGGUCAACGUGGCCAUCUGCCUUCAGGGCACAGCUGGCCCAGACCCCACGACCGUCUACGUGGACAUGCGGGCGCUGCGCCACGACAGGGUACGCUUGGUGGAACGGGGUUCUCCGCACAGUCUGCCUUUGAUGGAGUCUGGAAAGAUCCUCCCAGGGGUGAAGGUCGUCAUCGCACACACUGAGACCAAAGGGCCCCUUGGAGACUCGCACCUGGGCGAGAUCUGGGUGAGUAGCCCCCACAACGCCACUGGGUACUACACGGUCUACGGGGAGGAGGCACUUCAUGUUGACCACUUCAGUGCCAGGCUGAGCUUUGGAGACACGCAGACCGUCUGGGCAAGGACUGGCUACCUCGGCUUCCUUCGGAGAACAGAGCUCACAGAUGCCAGUGGAGAGCGACACGAUGCGCUAUAUGUUGUGGGGUCUCUGGACGAGACGCUGGAGCUGAGAGGCAUGCGGUACCACCCCAUUGACAUCGAGACGUCUGUGAUCCGGGCACACAGGAGCAUCGCUGAGUGUGCUGUAUUCACCUGGACCAACCUGCUGGUGGUGGUGGUGGAGCUGGAUGGGCUGGAGCAGGAUGCGCUGGACCUGGUGGCCUUGGUGACCAAUGCAGUGCUGGAGGAGCACUUCCUGGUGGUGGGCGUGGUGGUCAUUGUGGACCCUGGUGUGAUCCCCAUCAACUCCCGGGGCGAGAAGCAGCGUAUGCACCUGCGGGACGGCUUCCUUGCAGACCAGCUGGACCCUGUCUACGUGGCCUACAACAUGUGAGUGCCACCGCCAGAGCCUCAGUGCCCCACUGUGCCCUGCUGUGCUCUGCGGGUGCCUGCACAGUCCCCAUCACUCCUUCAGGAAGCACUUCCUGGACUCCCUGAGACGUGCUGGGACCUGCCAGGGAUGUUCACAGACACAGAAGCCAGCAUUUACCUGGAGUGCCAGGCGG